AUGGUGGAUAUGUUCAGAGAAAGCAUGAUUGUUCUUGUUCACAAAAAAACAAGAGGCAUUGUUUUAAGUCAGAAGAAGUAUGCAUUGGAGUUGAUUUCGGAUGCUGGGUUCAGAGAAGCCAAGCCGGCCAGCACACCUCUUGAGCAGAAUAGGUGGUUUACCACAGCCGAAUAUGAUGAUUUUGUGGAUUUAAGAGGUUGUAAUGACGAGUUGUUGCAAGAUGUGUCAAUAUAUCAAAGACUUAUGGGUCGAUUGUUUCUAGGGCAAGGGAUUUUUUUGGCUGCUGAAAACAAAGCGCAACUCAUUGCUUAUUGUGAUUCUGAUUGGGCAGCAUAUCCUAUGACUAGAAGAUCAAUAACUGGGUUUUGUAUCAAACUUGGAAAUUCACUUGUGUCUUGGAAGUUAAAGAAGCAAAGCACAGUUUCGUGUUCAUCAAAUGAAACUAAGUAUAGAAGUAUGGCGUCAACAGUUGCCGAAAUAGUGUGGUUAAAUGGUCUAUUAAAAUAUAUAUGCUUUGAUCAAAUUGAUCCAGCCCUGUUAUUUUCUGACAGCCAAGCAGCAUUUCAGAUCGCGGUGAAUCCAGUAUUUCAUGAGCAAACUAAACACAUUGAAAUCAAUUGUCACUUUGUUAGAGAAAAAAUACGAGAAGGGCUAAUUCGAACGCAACGUGUACGGACAGAUGAGCAGCUCGUAGAUGUGAUGACAAAGGCACUUGGAGUCCAACAACAUGAGUAUUUGGUGACCAAGUUGGGGGUUAAAGAUCUUUACCACCCUCCAACUUGA